AUGGUUUUAUCUUUUCCAUCAGGAGAUGCAAAGAGCCUACAAAGCAGCCUUAGGAGGCAGAUAGAACGAAAGGAAAGAUAUGCAAAGGUGUGCAAAAUUUUUGUAAAGAGGAUGUGUGAUCUGGAGGACGAGCUGGACCUUGCCUCUGCCGAGAGUCAAAGGAGCACAGUAGAAGGUACCAAAAGAAGGAGAAGGUCUACAACAUUGGAUGUGGACGAAAUACUGUACACUGCAGCAGACGAGGCUGCUAAAGAUCUUCAAAAGAUCUCAGAAGAAAAGGGCCUUGACGCUUUUAUUGAAAACAAUACACUCAAUGUAAAGGGCCAUGUAUUUUCAAAAGGAGAUAAAAUCAAGGCCAUGGUGAACAGAGAUGAGUUUGCCGGGAUCAUUAUUUCAGUGGGAGAAGAGGACAUUGUACUAAAAACAAAAGACUACAAAAGGCUCAAAAUCCUGUUGGAGGAUAUAAGAUCCACGAGAUCGUCGAUUAUGGCGCUUAACGAAAGCAAGCGUUGA